UCGCGUUUAUCUGCUGCGCGUUGACGUCAGCGAUAAAAACAGGGGCUGUGCCGUGUCGCGCGGUCGACGGUGACUUUCCGCUGCGGUUAAACUCGUUUAAACGUUUCAUUUACCGUGCUGUUUACCGGCAUCAUGUCUCACACCGUCAUCACCACGACAACAACCACCAGGACAUCCGGGGAGAGCGGCCUGAACCUGGGCUACACCCAGACCAUCCCGGGACUGCUCAAGAUCGGACAGCUGAUCUCCCUGCUCAUCGCCUUCCUGUGUGUGUUCUGCACUCGCGGCUGGCCCAGCUGGCCGGCCUUCCAGUACUUCGAGGUGGUGACGCUGUGGUUCCUCGUAGCCUUCCUCAUCUUCUUCCUCAUGCACCUGUGCAGGCUGCAGACGAGGAUGCCCUGCAUCAACUGGCCGCUGACGGAGUUCUUCCAUUACUCUGUGGGAUGCAUCCUCAUCCUCAUCGCCUCCAUCAUCGCCUCGGCGAAUAGCGGUGGAGUUUCAGCGCUGGUGGCCGGAUCGGUGUUUGGAUUCAUAGCGACUUUCCUGAUGGCCGUGAACUUGUGGACGUCUUACAGCGUGGCUUGUGGGCCUCAGUCUGCCAUGUAAAAAGCGUCCCGUCAUGAUGGAGUCAGAUGGCUGUGUUGGCAGUUUGCUGUGUCCUGGUUCUUCUCUGCCAAGCGACCACCUGGAUAAAUCGAUGUGAUCAUAACUCUUACUGCAGAGGAGCGCCGACGCAGCACCGGCUGGACGGGACAGCAGUCAGUGUCAUUCCUUUACUUCCUCGUUAAAUCGGACCGCUGUGGUCACGUUUCCAUGGUAACGGUGCUCUGGGUCACAUUUGAACCAUCGGUAAUCUUCAUUAAUGAACGACAGCACAGUCACCUGGAAUUGUCACCUUUAUUACAUUUCCCAUCAUUCCUGUUGUUUUCUUUCUUUGUCCUUAAGAAUGAGGCGUGGGCUCUAAAGCGAUGGCGCCCUCGCACUGCUGUGUGCCAUAAAUGAGCGUGUCCUCACGGUUUACAGCGCCCAUCCUUCUGCUCCUUUGAAACUUCCUCGAGCUCUGCAGAAGCAGUUUGGACCACAGAUGCAUUAAAAUUACAGCAGUUCUACUUUAAAAUAUUAGUGUUGAAAUAUUUUUAUCACUCAAACACGAGUUGCAUGCUAAUGUUGUUGUUAGCAUGCUAAAAAUUUACUCAGGGGCUGUAAAACAGCAGCAUGCUAACAAAUGAAACAGGUAAAACGUCGGCAUGCCAACAAAGCAAAAGAACAAAACAUCGUCAUUUUUGGCGAGUAAAGACACGUGGCAGAAAUCGUUAUUUCUUUGAUUGUCAGGAAGCCCGUGGGCGGAGUCUAACCUGCUGGAGGUUCAGUUUGUUUUAGCCAGCUGGGUCAUUUUUAAAGAUUCAAGGAAACUGAAGACGCUGCAUGUAAACAGGUUGCAAGUUUUAAUGAUUGAAAAAAUCUCACAUUGAUUAUGUGGGUCAGUAAUGAUGUCAUCGUUCAUUUAUAUUACAAAACAAGCUGCAGAUAAAUAUAAGAACCAGUUUGACUCAUGGACACGCCCACUUACAUUAAAGACAAAUGUCUCCAGCUGUUCUGCUUGAGAUGCUCGAAAACCCGACAAAUACAUCAGAAAACACGCGGUUCAGUUUGUGUCGCGUUAAAUCAGACCACAGCUGGGAGCCGUGUGUCCCGUAGACACAUGUACAGGAGAUAAACCUGAAUGUUUUUGUGUGUCGGGAGGUGUUCUGUGGGAAGCUCCAGUGUUUGAUGUCUGCUUGUGGGACUUACUGACAAUAAGAGAAAUAAAGGCCAAAGCAUCAGCGUCUGUGUUAUGGAGGAAGAACAUGUAAUAUGUCACUGACGUGGAUUCAAUCUGUAACUGAACAGUUUAGAGACGUUUCAGCAGGAACUGCAGAUUAUUGUAAUUACUCUUUUUGUUCAGCUGUCCUCGGUGCUUAAAAGAACCAAACUUUUAGCCAUUUGAAUUUAAAAUUCAGUCUGAAUUUUGUAUUUAAAAAGCACAUCUGUGAUUAUUUUAGAGGAUGCCAAAAGAGAGCGAUGUAUAAAUUAUAUCAGGAUUAAAAAUGAACUGUGUGGAAAUCUGUGCAGAUUAAUAAAUGUAAUGACAUGGAUUCAUUCAGAUUAUCCAAAUAUUCACGUGAUUAAUGAUCAAUGAUACUUCGUUCAGACGCGCUGAGAUGGAUUCAAAUCAGCCAAAGAGAUUAAAAGUGUGUAUCUACAGACAGAAGAAGACAUAUUGUAGUAAAUAUUAAACAUCAUCCAUUUAAAAGUGUUUGGAUCUAUAAUUAUAUGUUGGAAGCUACAUUUUUGGAGAAUGUGUGUUUUCCAAAAGAAGUCAUUGCAACGCCACAUCAGUGAAAGCACAGACGAGCUAACAAUGAAAAGAUGCUGUAAAUAUUCAAUGUGCUGCACUGAGCGCAGCGUGUUAGCCGUUUUACAAUCGUCCGACUGUUUAAGCACAAUCUCUGCGCACCUCUCCCAGCCCGUUCGUUUUGAUCAUAGUUAUUUAAUCUGUGCUUUCACUCAGUGACAGAAAACUUUUAUUAAUCUGCACACGGUGACGUCCACUCCCGCUAACGGCUAGCUCCGACCGCACGCAGCAUCUCUGGGCUGUCAGCUCUGCAAACAUCUCUGAUUGACUCAACGCUCAGUUUAACUUAUGUGGAAAAUGAAGUCACACCUCUGAACCUAAAAACUUUAACGUGAACAAUCGUUACGAAUCGAGACAGAGACGCCAAAUGUGGCAGGUAGCCAACGUUAGCCGAGACGUUAGCUUACAGCUAAGUGAUUAUUAAAACAAAUUGAAGAGACAGAAUUAAGAGUUUGUUGAAAAUGGUUAAACCAUGCUUAUGUUUUCUGUUGACUGUGCAUUACUGAUACAUAGUUAACAUUUUAUUAAAUGAAUUUAAUGAAGAGGUUAAUAUAGCAGCACUAGCUAACAAGCGUGACCUAGCAUGACUGUUGUUGAUGCCACGCCCAUUUUUUCUCGGCUGCACUGCCGAUCUGAUUGGACAGGAGGGGAGUUCAUGCUAACACGUCAGUGUUCACAUGACAGCUGCUGCUUGUCUUAUUGGUCUUUAAUAACAAAGUGCCAUUUAUUGUUUGAUUGUUUUUAGCGAUUAAUCCCAGUUUACAGGUGUGCAGAUAAACUGCUGUGAACGUCUUGGAGGAAAAACACAUUUCCAGCUUUUCUGCUGCGUGUUCUUCGUAGAACCCAAACUGGUUUCGCUUUAAUUCUUAGAAUAAAAAGGCUCAAAGUUAGACCCUUUUCUGCCACCUGUCGUUAACAAACGAGUAAAACCAUUCGGUGUGUAACGAUAAUCCUGAGAUUACUGCCUUACUGUGCGAUGCUUCUGACUGUGCACUGAAUGUGUCUGAAAUUUCCUCUGAAGUAGCUCAGAGCACCAAAUGAAGGCCUGACCUCUAAUUGGAUUCAAACUGAAUGUUAAACUGUGGAAGGUUUACACAGUACUUUGUAGUACAUUUAAAUACCCGUUAGUGUCUGAUCCUGGAGCCUCUACACACUGUGUGACAUCGUAACGGGUUCCUGCUCGUGGGAACCGUCAGGAUGUUCUAGUUGGUGUAGGAACUUGAUGAAAGCAUGUGAGCUUUUUGUACGAAUGCUUUCAGCUUCAGACAACUUCAUAAACUAACUUUAAAAAGCAUAAUUAGGUUGUGGUGGCUUAGCGGUGCAGCGGUUGGAGCUUCAUGUUCUCCCUGUCUGGGUUUCCUCUCACAGUCCAAAGACGUAGGUGGGGUGACCUGUCCAGGGUACAAGCCCCGCCCACAGGGUUUCAGUAGUAAAACGUGCCACUGACUGAGACACUGAAUAAGAGCGGUCACUCAGCUCUUCGUUAUCUGAAGCUGGUCAUGAAGUCAUGUGACCCUGCAGGUAGAGACUGCGAGUUCCUCAUACAGUGUAACGCGGUCUGAUCUGACCUGCAGGGCCGGCCUCAGCGGACACGAUGGCGUCGCUUGCAGCCUGUUUGAUAGGCUGCAGGGACUGACUUCACAACAGUGACAUCACAUCCUGCCUGCUCCCAGUGAGUCCGGUACGUCAGGGCCUGAACCCCUGAGGGUCGCACAGUGUGGAGGGGUUCCCGUCCCAUUAACGUCACGUGUCUCAUAAGCUUUAUUUCACGCUGUGAUGCUGUUCGUAAUGGUGCACCAUGCUCACUUGCUGUGCUCGCUGCCUCUUUGGUUUCCUGUCUGCACCAGCUUCAUUUGUAAGAGUCUGGUUUCUUAUGCACUGAUAAGCUUACUGCAGCAGGCCGUUACAUCAUCGUGUUAAAUCACAACACGUGAAAAGAUUUACAUUUGAGUUUUGUAUGUAUUUACUAUUUCUAUGGUUGAAUUUUACUAUGCUGUUUUUCCAGUUUGGGAUAAACUUCAAACUUUUCUUGUUUCUGUUUCCUUGGACUUAUUUUUUUUACCCUAAAGCUGGGCUUUAAUUUUCCGUCUGGAUGUUUUGCGUGAAUCCAAAACGAAGGUGUUUGUCAGUCAGAGUGGGACAGCGAUGUGGUUUUCCUGAAGGCUAUUUGAAGGCGUUGCUGUGAGCGUUUACAGUUAUUUCCAUGCCUCGAGUACUCUGAUGGAUCCAGGCUCCACCAUAGACAAACCACACUGUUUACAUUAUUUAUUUUGGCUCCAGCUUGAUGAUGAUAUUCUCACUGAUGCAAAGUGACCUGAUGUAUGGCUGCGUGUCCACUGGGGGACAGAAACAUUCAUUAGACUGGCUAUGAAUCUGGACCGCUGAUAAUACAUUACUGCUCAUUACAUUUUUCACUGUCGGAGGGAAACGACUCGGUCUCCAGGUGAGAUUUGUUUGUACAAAUGUUCCAGUUUAGUGGAAAGCAGCCAAAGCUCAUAUGCAAUUGGGCAAGACUUGGAAGUCUUCCAGUUGUACAAGUCUUGACCCUGUUUUCUACACAUGCCACAGAUUCAUCUACAGCAGCACCAGGCUCAGGGAGGGGCGGGGCCAUCUGCUGUGAUUGGUUGGUGAGAGAAGGAAGACAGGAUAAAGACAUGCUGUGGAGGAGAGACAGAGGUUAAUAACAGAUAUGAUUCAAUGCAGAGAGUCUGUGAACACAUAGUGAGUGAGAAACGUGACUUUCUUUAAUCUCGAGUCUGUUUGUUUCAUUUGAGACCAACAAAGCUUCACACAUGGAAACAUUUUACUCAACAGCAACUUUUAGUCUCAGGUCUAUUUUUUUCAUUUUUAAUGCCACUGAUUGUGUUUCUACUACAGACUAAAGUCCUGCAUACAUUUGGUCGAUUAUUCAGCUCAUAUUAAAUCUUUUUGUUUGAGCUGAACCCCGUCACUGCUGUUCCCUGUGAUGACACACGGGGCGGCGCCAGGAAAAGCUGUAACAGCAGGUCGUGGAGCAGCCGUCCUAACAGCUGUUUCAAAGGUUUUCUUUCUCCAACCUUUAAUUCUGAUUUUUACGUUUGCUUCUUAAAGUUCCCGAAUCUGUGAAUCGAAUGUUUGAGAUCGAGACUAGGAUAAAUGUAUACACAUGAGAGCGAGGAGCCCAGUGGACACGGUCACCUGGUAGUUCAUUUAGUGUUUUCUCCAAAGUGCCUUAAUGUUCUGUGGGUGUGGAUUGGUCACUUGACUUCUGUGAGGAGCCACGAUCAGGCUGGACUUGUGAUUUUAUUAUAUUACAAUAAAAGAUGUGUACAGUGUUUGAGUGACAUCACAAACACGAGUUGUUUUUCUACAUUUUUAAAAUGUGUUCAAACUACAAGUUGUGAUUUAUUGCAUGUUGUGAAUUAAAGGCUCAUUGCACCA